GCUUCCCACUACCAUACUGACGAUCGAUCGCACACUGACCACCAUAGUGGUCACUCUUCGACCAGCUGGUACGUAAGCAAUGGCGGCCGGAAUCCAACAGCAGAACGCAGCCGAGGACAUUGUGAUUGCCGGCGCCGGACUGGCCGGCCUCGCCGUCGCUCUGGGACUCCACCGGAAGGGCGUCCGGAGCGUGGUGCUGGAGUCGUCGCCGGAGCGCCGCACGUCCGGCUUCGCCUUCUUCACGUGGACCAACGCCUUCCGCGCCCUUGACGCCCUCGGGGUCGGGGACAAGAUGAGGGGCCGACAUCUGCAGCUGCAGGGGUUGCGGGUCAUGGCUUCGUCUACGGGAGAAAUAGCGCGGGAAAUGGAUCUCCGGGUGAACGGAAAACUGGGACCCCAUGAGGUCCGGUGCGUGCAGCGUAACGUGCUGCUCCAGGCGCUGGAGGAAGAGCUGCCGCCAGGCACCGUCCGCUACUCCUCCAAGAUCGUCUCCAUCGACGACCAGGACGGCGCCAAGAUCCUCCAUCUCGCCGACGACUCGACUCUCCGGGCAAAGGUGCUGAUCGGUUGCGACGGGAUCAACUCAGUGGUUGCGAAAUGGCUUGGGCUCGCAAAGCCGUCCGAGUCCGGGCGCACGGCCACGCGGGGAUACGCCAGGUACCCCGAAGGCCACGGCUUCGAGCCCAAGAUCCUGCAGUUCGUCGGCGAAGGCUUCCGCGCCGGCUUGGUGCCCUGGAGCGACACCGACGUCUACUGGUUCUUCACCUGGUCUCCUGCUCCUUCCCCGGAUGCCAACGGCAAGGAGGACCGGAGCGCCGCGGCGAUGAAUCAGUUCGUGCUGACCAAGAUGAGGGGCGCCAAGGUGGGCCCCGAGGUGCUGGAGGCCGUGGAGAGGAGCGAGAUGAGCGACGUGCUCGCCGCGCCGCUGCGGUUCCGCUCCCCGCUCUCGCUCCUGUUCGCCAGCAUCAGCAAGGGGAACGUGUGCGUCGCCGGCGACGCGCUCCACCCGACGACGCCGGACCUGGCGCAGGGCGCGUGCACGGCGCUCGAGGACGGCGUCGUCCUCGCCCGCUGCCUCGGCGCAGGGGCGGAGCGAGGAUUUGGACAUGAGGAGGGCGAAGACCGCCCCUGCCUCGGCGACGCCAUCGUCGGCGCCGGCGACGGGGAGGAGAGGGAGAGGGUCGUGGCGGCCCUGCGCAGGUACGCCGGCAUGCGGCGGUGGAGGAGCGCGCAGGUGAUCGCGGCGUCCUAUGCGGUGGGGUUCGUGCAGGAGAGCGACCACACCGUGGUGAGCUUUGUGCGGGACAAGCUGCUGUCCGGGGUGCUCGCCAAGACGCUGCUCAUGAUGCCGGACUACGAUUGCGGCAAGCUCUGAAGUGUAUGUACUGCCGUUUUUCUGCAGGGUGGAUCACCAAUCACGUAAUUUCUGUC